AUGAAUGCAUUCUCGUAUCGGAAGUGCAUUGGCCUUCUUGCCAUUCUGAGUAUUGUCCAAGCUCAAGAGCCGAUUUCCUCUGAGCAGACGUUUUAUCUCGAUUGUGGAGGGCCUAACGUGACUAUUCCCUAUUGUCUCCAAUGCGAUGGAUGUAGGAUGGAAUGUGGUGGCCCUGAUGUGGUAGUUCCAUGGUGUCUUCCAUGUCAGGAUGAGUGCGUUACCCCCCCAGGACAAGGAACACUCCCGCGCAAGCGUCUAGGAGAAGAUGGGAAACCAUUCAUCGUGGGCCAGUGGCAACUCGACACCUCUCUAGCUGAAUCUACAGAUAAGGAGAUGGUCUGGGCAGGCGAAGUCAAAUGGAAUGUGGCCCCGAAGAAGGAGAUGGAGAACUCGGCUGCCUUGUGUUGGGGAGUCAAAGCCGAAGAUGGUAGUGGCAAGUUGGCAUAUCAGUGUGUGAAUGCGGGACUGUGA